GGAAGGAGUUCAGCAAUUCGUGAGUAAAAAACGAUAAUCCUAGAUAGAAAAUAGCCACUCACAUCAACUCGGAAAUAGUUUCCUCGAUGCAAGAGUCUACCCCGGAUAUCUCAAUGGCGCCUUCUCCCCAAAACAAGCCAUUAGAUAACGUGGGUGAACCAGCCGCUUGGAGCGUGAAAGACAAAGGGGAAGAUCAAGUGAAGACUUCUUCAAACGAGGCCCCGAAUCUUGAGGAAAAUCUAGAUAAUUGGAUUGCUCACUCACGCACAACAGAAACUUCUAAACCUGGGGUACAAAACAGUGAUAUCGGAACAACAACACAGAAAAUACCGGAGAUUGACGAUACAUUACAAAGUACGCCUUACCAAUCCCUGGAAGAUGAAUAUCUUACACAAGAUACUUCCACAGCUCUAGUAACCCGUUCAGAGAGCGAACAAUCACUACCGAUUGCGACUAGGGAUAAAGUGGUGUCAUUUGACACACAACCUCAAUACCUGCCAGAGGAUUCCGAAUCCGAAUCCGAAUCCGAAUCUUCAGUCCUCUCCGGCUCGACUCCGUCCGUCUCGGGAUAUGAGAUUCAUGAUGGUGCCGAAUCGGAAGUCAACUACCCUACGAUUAAAUCUAGGCAUGCUGCUAUCGAUGAUCUCACGGAAACCGCUUCAGUAAAGUCUUUCGCAUAUCCGGCCAUACCGACUGAGCGAGUUGAUGUUGGGGACCCCAGGUCAUUCUUAGACGCUCGGUAUCAAGUACAUAAGCAAUCAGAAUUCCAAUUUGGAAGGGUCUUCAAAAUCUUAUGGUCGGAAAAAACAGAUGCCAAAACGUUAGGCGUCAAAUACAGAAGCGCUAGCAAGUUUUAUGUUGGAUUCCGGAGAUUUAUAAUCGUCGCAACCGAGAAAGAAGGACAUUCCACCUGCGUCCCGAUCCUCACUUACGAAAGACGAGGCUGCACUAAAACCGGCGUGAACCCAAAGACCCAUGGGAUAGUAUACAGCGUAUCAGGUAACCCAGGGGAGAGAGAGCCUAGGCUACUGAAAGGCGAGCCCGAACUAGGAUUCCCGCCGAUCAAAGUGGACGGCUAUAAAGACGACGAGCCCCUACCCAAAGAAAGCAGAGUGAAUUACGCCAAGCUCAUCACGAUCGAGCACAACGUGAAAGUCUUCUUCAUAGGAUUCAUUCCAAAGUUGGAUUUCGAUAAGGUAAUACGUGCUACUAAUGAGUGUUGGGUAAAUAACAUGCGGGGAAGAAGAUGAUCGGGAUAUACGUAUGGGAUUGUGGUAUAUACAUUCAUGCAUACUCCUAUAUUGAUAGACUUAUACCCAGUACGAAGGUUCGACCCAAAAUUUCGGACCUCCGUUGCCCUGUACGUGAUGAAAUAAGCAAUUAUUUCAUGCUGUAUUGGGUGGGUACUGAGACUUAGUACUGAUCUACACGCUAAGCUUUAGUGGGUAUCCGCUAUAAUUCAAGCUUUCUUAGGGAGCUUAGCUACUAAAAAACGCUACUCCGUACCCAUCAGCACCCGCAGCGCGGGGUCACAAAAUUUCGCCGGGACCUUCGUACGCUAAUUGAAGUAAAGCUGCAAGUUCAAGGUCGCUAUGUUGCGAAGAUAUUAUAAAGGGGUUAUUUGGACCAAUUGAC